CAAUAUAUUUCAGCAAAAUUCAUUUUGGUGUUUUAUAUUCAGAGAGCGUAUCCCUUUAUUUUCCAUUUUUUAAAUUCUGAUCAAACGUUAUUUAAAAAAGAAUACUCCUAAAAAGAUGGAAAAUUUUUCUGGGCUACUGCAAAUUUGUCCCAGCUGUUCAGGGCAAAAAAGUAUUCAUCCUUCUAAAAAUGAAAAUAAAAUUGUUAUAAUGACUUUUUUAAAUUUCAUAUUGUAUAAUUAUUAUUUAUCAACACUCUUUUGUUGAAUUAUUGUCACACUGUGACAUCCACCAUGACGUUAUAUUAACUGCAGAACUUCGUUGUUUUGAUGCGGCGCGCACUUCAAAAAUAUGGCAACGCGAAAUGAUGGGCGUCCAGUGCUGUUCAUGUUUUGAUGGCACCAUUAUGUUUGCAAUGUUUUUGGCACUUCUUGGGAUAUGUAAGGAUAUAAAGCCUGGAUGAAUCCGUCGAAAAGACUGAAAAUGAGUAGUGGGCCUGAAAACAUUGAGGACUAUCAAGUCCUCAACCUCCUGGGCAAGGGGGCUUUUGCCUGUGUAUAUAGAGCCCGCUCAAGCAGAACUGGAAUGGAAGUGGCUAUUAAAAUGAUUGACAAGAAGAUGAUGAAAGCAGCUGGCAUGAAUGCUAGGGUCAAGAAAGAAGUGGAAAUCCACUCCAGGCUGAAGCACCCUUCAGUCCUUGAGCUGUACAACUUUUUUGAAGAUGCCAACUAUGUGUACUUGGUGAUAGAGAUCUGUCACAACGGUGAGCUCCAGCGAUAUCUGAGGUCUCGGGCGGAGCCACUGUCUGAGGAGGAGGCGCGGCGACUAAUGCGGCAAACCGUGGAGGGCAUUCUCUACCUCCACUCCCACGGCAUUCUCCACCGGGACCUCACGCUCUCCAACCUUCUGCUCACCAGAGAUAUGAACGUGAAAAUUGCUGACUUUGGCUUGGCUACCCAGUUACAAGGACCAGAUGAAAAGCAUUUUACUAUGUGUGGAACUCCAAAUUACAUCUCACCGGAAAUUGCCAUGCGGUCGGCUCAUGGUUUAGAGGCAGACGUGUGGUCACUGGGCUGUAUGUUGUACACCUUCCUCGUGGGCAAGCCUCCGUUUGACACGGACGCUGUAAAGAGCACGCUCAAUAGAGUGAUCCUUGCAGAGUAUCACCUCCCGGACCACUUAAGUGCUGCUGCCAAAGACCUCAUACAGGCUCUGUUACGUAAGAAUCCAAAGGAUCGUCUCCCUUUAAGAGAGAUACUGAUCCACCCUUUCAUGAUAAUGAAGACAAGCAAAUCGAAAAAAGUAUCGCAGCAGAUGUCGGAGAUGUCUCUGGACAGCGGCAGAGGCACCAUCUCGUCCAACACCACAGGCAGUAGUGGGGCAGGGCGAGGCAUGAGGCCCAUGCCUGCCUACCCCCUGCGAUACGCGGCCCAGCACGCCCCACAAAUCGCGGAGACGGAGGAGUCUCGGCACAGCCACGACUCGGGCUCCGAGAGCCAAGCUGGGAACACCUGGUACAGUCACAGCUCGGCCAGCAGUGCAGCCGAACGUCACCCCCCUAGCCCACCAGUCAGGGAGAGGGACAGUGAAACGGAGGAGGAGCUUCGUAGGACUCACAUAGCCAUGAAAGACAGAGAGAGGGCAACUGCUGCCCGACGGCUAGACCCCAGACCUGAAGGACAUAGACGAGAGCCACCCGAUGGGGGCUCGGACACACAUAAAAAACUAGACUCGGGGAAUAGGGAUGGCAUGGGUGUGACUAAAACAAAACGCAGCCCGGAUGGUGAGAGGUACAAAGACCGGCAGAUAGGGCAAGCGUUUGACCCCAGCAAGUACGAGGACAAGGUCGGCGGAACCUUCCAGAACUCGCCCAGCUCCAGCUCGUGGUCGGUCUCGGGCUCGAUGCACAGCGCCCCUGCUGGCAGCCUCUACGAGCAGCACAUUCAGCUUUUGGCGUCAGCCGCGCCGGGCAACGUGGUGAGCAGCACAGAGAGAAGCUGCGGGGGCCAGCCCCCACCCACCCUGCUCCCCGAGGCCCCCCGCCGGCCGCGACCCCCGGCCCACAACCCCGGUUCGGUCAUGGUGGACCAGAGCGAGGUAGACUUCAGCCUGAACACCACCAAGAAAGUGCUGGAUUUUGACUCGGACUCGAGAGUGAACAGCCUGUACGGCUCACAGGCUCCUCAGGGGGGAGGGGGAGGUGGAGGCGGGGAACAGAUGUACUUUGACCCGGCUGAUCCGGACAGCAGACAGACCCAGGAGCUGCUCUACAAGGUUCACAACUACCUGGGCCAGCAGUGCAGGGAAGGGAAGAAGACGACUGACAGUGUCCCGGUGCAAUUCUCUAGUCCUGAUGCUGCCCGAACACGGGUGCAGUUGUCGGAGAAAGAAGUUCAGCGCUGCGUUCUGGCCAGACCCGACCCGCGACAGGACAGCCCACGUGGCAGCGGGGCCAACAGGUACCAGGGUCAGGGGAAGACCGACGGCGCGGACUGUGACAGUUUGACCAGUCCACUCAACACAGAGCGGCUCAGGCCUAUCAGACAGCGGACCAAGAACGUAGUGGUGCACAUCCUAGAGGACGGGUCUGUGUGUGUGGAGUUCCUCAAGCGCAAGGGACAGGAAGACAAAGUGAUGGAGGUUUUGUCCAUCUCGCACGAUGGCUCGCAGGUGCGAGUGUUUCAGCCGGAGGAUGGGAAAGGGGUCGUCGUGGUGGAGCAGCCACCUCCCCAGCCAGACAGGUGUAAGAUGUUUGACUUCUCCUGCCUGCCUCAGAAAUAUGUCAAGAAAUACUUGUAUGCGGCCAGGUUUGUGUCCCUGAUUCAGUCCAAGACGCCCAAAGUGACCAUGUACACACAGCGGGCCAAGUGCAUGCUGAUGGAGAACCAGCCGUGCCCAGACUUCAUGGCCGAGUUUUACGAUGGAGCCAAGUUUUCCUCUGGUGCUAAAGGAGUGAAGAUCAUAGAAAAAGAUGGCACGAGUCUGACACUGGAGUCUGCGGAGGUGAACCAGAGGCUGAGUGGAGAGACAAGAGAUAUUUUACAGUAUGUUCAACAGUGUCGCCAGCAGUGUGUUCAGCUAGAACAAGUCAUUUCCUCAGUGCAGUCCGCAAGCUCAAGAGCUGACCAGCUGUUUCCCGUUAUUGUUGGAAGACGGCCCGACCGGAGCUGCCUGGAAAGAACGGGCUCCAGUUCAGGCAGCAGCAGCAGAGGUCACGGGGUCAACGACACUCAGCUCUCCACCAUCCGACCCAAAGUACAGAUGUCCACGUUUGACGGGACGCUGACGAGCACCGCGGCCGACCAGACCCUGGACAACACACUACUGACCACUGCCUCCACCUCCUCCUCCUCCUCCUCCUCCUCCUCCGCCUCAUCCUCCUCGGGGAAAAAGAACGCAUCUCCCUCCUCGCGCCACGCCUCCUCCACCCAGCCCAGGUCCUCCUACGUGGUGCAGCAGAUGUUUGUCCCGGACAUCGGCUGGGCCUCGCAGACGGCCGCAGGGGAGGUUUGGGUUCGGUUCCAGGAUGGGACGCAGCUGGGUGUCAAGUCUACUGCCACGACGGUCACUUACGUCAACGCCUCUGGCAAAGUGCACAAAUUUCACCAGUCGGAUUAUCUGCCCGACGUGGUCAAGAGCAAACUGAGCAAACUGCCGCUGGUGCUGGAGACGCUACGGACCAAAUCUCCGCACACCCACACUGCCGGCUCUUCCACGUCACCGAGAUGAGGAAUACUGUUGGAAUAGUAUCAUCAUAUACCACACUGCAGAUUAUUCCCACGUCACCGAGGCGAGAAAUACUUCUCUGUCGCUGAGAUGAGCAGUACCGUAGGAAGCCCCACUGCUCACUGACUGCCAGCUUUUCCAUGUCUGUGGGCUGAGAAAUACCGUUGGGAUAGCAUCGUCAGAUACCCGUGGUUUUUUUUACCACAUCGCCUAGAUGAAAAGUACUUCUGGGUCACCGAGAUGAGAAAAUCCUUUGGAAUAGCAUCGUCAGACGCCUAUGGGUUUUGGUCCACAUUGGCUACACGUUAAAUACGUCUUGAGUCACCGAGACGAGAAACACCGUUGGAAUAGCAUCGCCACACACUCGUGGUUUUUCCACAUCAUGUACCUGAGAAAUACUUCUUAAUCGCUGAGAUGAGAAAUGCUGUUGUUCUCCACGUCACCGAGGUGAGAAAUUCCUUUUGGAUAGCAUCGCCAGACACUCGUGGUAUUUUUCUCACAUCGCCCAAAUGAGAAAUACUUCUGGGUCGGGUCACCGAGAUGAGAAAUGCCAUUGGAAUAGCAUUGCCACACACUCAGUUUUUUUCACAUCACUUAGAUGAGAAAUACUUCUAGGUCACCGAAAUGAGAAGUACUAUUGUUCUCCACAUCGCCGAAGUGAGAAAUUCCGUUGGGAUAACAUCACCAGACACUCGUGGUUUUUUUCCCACAUUGCCCAGAUGAGAAAUACUUUCGGGUCUUCGAGUUCGAGAUGGGAUAUACCGUUGGAAUAGCAUCACCAAAUAGUGCCGGUUUUUCCACAUCAUCGAAAUUGAGAAGUGCUGUUGUUGUGUCCACUAAACAGCAACUUCCGCCCUGACAGCGAGCAAGGACUGGCUCCCAAGGGGGUUUCUGUCAGGCGGACACCGGUGUUCUGUUGUUCUUCCAGGCCACGGAGGUGAGAAGUACUGUUGAAGCAGCUUCAUCGGACAGUGCUGCUUCUUCCACAACUCGGAGAUGAGAAAAUGCUGUUGUCAGAGCAGACACGCUUGUUGCUGCUGAUGUUGGUUUCCUGAUGUUCUUCUUGUUGGAUCUUUUUAUCUCAGUUCACCAGUUCACCAUUUUGUGCUAUUGGCUUUAUUCUGAUAUAUGUGAUGAUAAAGUGAGGAAUUGUGUAUACAUACUCUCUCCCCUUGUCUGU